CUCAGGCGCGGCGGCGCGCCCGGGGGUGGGUGGCUGAGGCGGCGGCGGCGGCGGCGGCGGCCUGCCGCCCGGGGGUGCCAGCGGCGCAGGAGGCUGUGGAGCGCAGAGCGGGCGAGCGCGAAAAAUCACUACCAAUAUAAUGGAUUUUAUAUGUCAGAUUGCUUUAUUCUGGAUAUCAUGGUAACAAUACAGAAAGUAUACAUAACUUCCCAUUUCUGCAAGUAGUCAUGACUGCUGAAGAAAGAAAAACUUAAAGCUACGGCAGAAUUAUUUGGGUACCUUUUAUGGAAAUUCUGAUUUUGUUUUUAAUUUUUGAUAACUUUUUACUAAAGGUAUGAACACACAAAGAGCUUAUUUUGUUAGGCAAAUACACAUUAAGAAUGCCUAGAAGAGGACUGAUUCUUCACACCCGGACCCACUGGUUGCUGUUGGGCCUUGCUUUGCUCUGCAGUUUGGUAUUAUUUAUGUACCUCCUGGAAUGUGCCCCCCAGACUGAUGGAAAUGCAUCUCUUCCUGGUGUUGUUGGGGAAAAUUAUGGUAAAGAGUAUUAUCAAGCCCUCCUACAGGAACAAGAAGAACAUUAUCAGACCAGGGCAACCAGUCUGAAACGCCAAAUUGCUCAACUAAAACAAGAGUUACAAGAAAUGAGUGAAAAGAUGAGGUCAUUGCAAGAAAGAAAGAAUGUAGGGGCUAAUGGCAUAGGCUAUCAGAGCAACAAAGAGCAAGCACCUAGUGAUCUUUUAGAGUUUCUUCAUUCCCAAAUUGACAAAGCUGAAGUUAGCAUAGGGGCCAAACUACCCAGUGAGUAUGGGGUCAUUCCCUUUGAAAGUUUUACCUUAAUGAAAGUAUUUCAAUUGGAAAUGGGUCUCACUCGCCAUCCUGAAGAAAAGCCAGUUAGAAAAGACAAACGAGAUGAAUUGGUGGAAGUUAUUGAAGCUGGCUUGGAGGUCAUUAAUAAUCCUGAUGAAGAUGAUGAACAAGAAGAUGAGGAGGGUCCACUUGGAGAGAAACUGAUAUUUAAUGAAAAUGACUUCAUAGAAGGUUAUUAUCGCACUGAGAGAGAUAAGGGCACGCAGUAUGAACUCUUUUUUAAGAAAGCAGACCUUAUGGAAUAUAGACAUGUGACCCUCUUCCGCCCUUUUGGACCUCUCAUGAAAGUGAAGAGUGAGAUGAUUGACAUCACUAGAUCAAUUAUUAAUAUCAUUGUGCCACUUGCUGAAAGAACUGAAGCAUUUGUACAGUUUAUGCAGAACUUCAGGGAUGUUUGUAUUCAUCAAGACAAGAAGAUUCAUCUCACAGUGGUAUAUUUUGGCAAAGAAGGACUGUCUAAAGUCAAGUCCAUCCUAGAAUCUGUCACAAGUGAGUCUAAUUUUCACAAUUACACCUUGGUCUCAUUGAAUGAAGAAUUUAAUCGUGGACGAGGACUAAAUGUGGGUGCCCGAGCUUGGGACAAGGGAGAGGUCUUGAUGUUUUUCUGUGAUGUUGAUAUCUAUUUCUCAGCCGAAUUCCUUAACAGCUGCCGGUUAAAUGCUGAGCCAGGUAAGAAGGUGUUUUACCCUGUGGUGUUCAGUCUUUACAAUCCUGCCAUUGUUUAUGCCAACCAGGAAGUGCCACCACCUGUGGAGCAGCAGCUGGUUCAUAAAAAGGAUUCUGGCUUUUGGCGAGAUUUUGGCUUUGGAAUGACUUGUCAGUAUCGAUCAGAUUUCCUGACCAUUGGUGGAUUUGACAUGGAAGUGAAAGGUUGGGGUGGAGAAGAUGUUCAUCUUUAUCGAAAAUACUUACAUGGUGACCUCAUUGUGAUUCGGACUCCAGUUCCUGGUCUUUUCCACCUCUGGCAUGAAAAGCGCUGUGCUGAUGAGCUGCCCCCCGAGCAGUACCGCAUGUGCAUCCAGUCUAAAGCCAUGAAUGAGGCCUCUCACUCCCACCUGGGAAUGCUGGUCUUCAGGGAGGAAAUAGAGACGCAUCUUCAUAAACAGGCAUACAGGACAAACAGCGAAGCUGUUGGUUGAAAUCAUAAUUAAUGUGUUACUGUGUGAACCACAAACCAGCACUAUUUAUUUAGCCUUACUUCUACUUCCAGAUGCAGUGCCUCUUUUGGAAAAGACUUGUUUAUUUUUCAUAUUCUUUCUGACAUUACUUUAGCAAUUCAACUUGAUGUAAGAAGAAAAAGCAAAUGUUUCAACACGAAAUCUCUGUUUUGUGAGAAUAUUGCACUAUGGAAUAAUUGACAAAUUGAAAUCUCACAUUUGUCCCAAAAGUUGUUUUGAGUUAGUUCUACCUGGUGCCCAUGUUCUGACUGUGUGUGGGAUGGCAUGGUGUCCUGAUUGCAUCUAGGUGGAGCAGAUGGAAUGUGCUGGGCCGCUGUUGGGUGGAGAGCAGCACAUUCUUACAGAGGAGAUGGAGCGUUAUGAGCAUAGUGUGUGGACAGGUAUCUUCACCUGCCCACCCCUGAGUCAGCCUGCUUGAUUUGAUAGCUCAAAGAAUCCUUUUCCACUGAAGUAGAGGAUAAUUAAUUGACACAUCUGAAAUCCCCAAUCAGUCAAUCAAGAGAAAG